AUGGGGUCGAACGCCCCCGGAGGCAACGGUGGCAUGCCGCCGAAUGCGACGCAUGUGAAUCUCCAGGGUCGUCCCCAACAAGGAAACCCUGGUGCUCAAAUGAACUCGCUUCAAGGUCUCCAGCCAGCGCUCGCUAACAAUCCAGAAUUCAUGGCUAUUGUCAACGCGGCACGGCAAGGCCGGGUAAGCGAGGAGCAACUCCAGCAGAUUCGUACCAUGCUCGCACAGCAACAGAGGCAAAAUGCUGUUCAGGUUUGUAUUUUUGCUAUUAACAGGCAGCAGCAGGUCAAUGUGGCACGUCCAGUGCAGACAAUAUAUGGGAAUGAAGCGGGCGGCAUCAAUCAGUCCUCGGCAAACAUGUUGCAGCAGCAGGCUCAGAUGCAAGCUCAGCAAGCGGCUGUGCAGCAGAAUCAGUCGAAGGCAGCCUCCAUGCAGGGCGUUGUUGGCCAAUCCCAAUUACCACGCCAUGAAGCUACAUUGAUGGAAAACUUCAACCGUGUCAUGUCCCCCCUCAUGGUGAAUAUUUCUCAGUUGGAAGCCUCUCUGCGCAACCCUUCUAUUUCUGCUCAGGAGAAGCAGCAGCAGCAAAACUUGUACAACGAACUAAAAAGCAAGCAGCUCAGCCUGGCACGUCAAGUGGCCGUCGCCCGGGAGCAAGCGCGGGCAAAGGACCAGCAGCAGUUCCAACUGAUUCUUCAACAGCAGCAAUCGCAGCAGCAGAAAGCUCAAGUUCAAUCGCAGGUUCAGGCCCAGGCCCAACAGGCUCAGGCUCAGAUGCCUGCUCACAUGGCUGCGCAGCAGGGGUCCCCUCUAAUUGCAGCGCAGCAGCCAGUCCCUCAAGUUCAGUCACAGCAGCUGUCUUCUCAGCCUCAGGCAGGUACGACGAUGCCUGGUCCAGCACAGCCCGGAUCUAACGCCAUGGACGCGACGAAUAGCGUUGGUGGCCAAAAACAAUCGGCUGGAAGCCCUGUUCACUCUACGCCUCAGGCACAGGAAUCUCGUGCCAUGGCUCCGUCGACGCCCCAGUCUGGGAGCAAGGCGGCUGAUGCGAAUGUGCGCAAAGAUGCGUCGGACACGCCCAACACGGCUAUGGCUGCUAUGCGCCCUAGUGCCUCUCAGAACGGAUGGGCCACAGGAACACCUAUUGCUGCAAUUACACCCACAUCCAACCUACUGCAGAACAACGGGCAGAGCAACGUUGCACCCAACAGUUCCUUGGCCACGAUGCUGGCCCAACAAACGUCCACACCACAAGCGUUCCCCAAUGCGUCAGGGCCCCGUCCCACACUCACGCAAGGCUUGGGCAUGUCGCCUGUAACGAAUACGCCGCCUGUGCUGGUACGACCGAAUCCCGUCGGUCGGGCGGGCAGCCUGGGCAAGGACGUUUUCACACCACGUGCCGGUCAGAAUUGGGAUGAGCUGCUGUCCCUUGGAGAUGGGACAACCACAGAAGCAGGACUUCAUCCAAGCCUGGACAGCGAUACUGUAUCAUCCCAGCUGGCGGAAUUAUUAGGCUCCUCCUCUGCUACACUGGGUCUUACUGGUGCAGCGGCGGGAAGUAACCGGCUAUUAACGAAGCGGAAAGUGCAAGAGCUCGUGAGCGAAAUUGAUCCGAGCGAGCAGCUGGAAGGUGACGUGGAAGAUCUCCUUCUUGAGAUCGCGGACGAAUUUAUCGAAAGUGUCACGUCCUUUGGUUGUCGAUUGGCGAAACAUCGCAAGGGCGAUCGCUUGGAAGUCAAAGAUAUCCAACUUCAUCUGGAGCGCAACUGGAAUUUGCGUGUACCAUUCCCAGGCUCCCUGCCCAUUCCCCCCACGCGUACCAAGGCGCCCAGUGCGCCCAAAGGCGGUCAGAACGCGGGGUCAUAA